AAUACAUAAGUCUCUCUUAACGAUAUUAAUAUAUAUAUCGAAGAAUCCCUUUCAAGGAUCUUUCAUUUCCACUACUAUAUCUAUACAUACAGAUAAAUGGCAAUGGAAUGCAUCGCAACUCCCCCUCAAAGAUUCAAUGAAAACGAAAGCAAAGAGGAUCCUUCAAUCUUCGAUACAAUGCUCCUGAAUCAGCAACAAAACCACAUACCUCAACAGUUUGUAUGGCCCGACCACGAGAAACCAUCCAAAGAUGUUCAACCUCUUCAAGUCCCCCUCAUAGACCUCGCCGGUUUCCUCUCCGGCGACUCAUUCUUGGUCUCGGAGGCGACUAGACUCGUCUCGGAGGCUUCAAAGAAACAUGGCUUCUUCCUAGUCACUAACCAUGGCGUCGAUGAGACGCUCUUGUCUCGUGCCUAUCUGUUGAUGGACUCUUUCUUUAAGGCUCCAGCUUUUGAGAAACAGAAGGCUAAGAGGACAUGGGGUGAGAGCUACGGUUACGCUAGUAGCUUCGUCGGGAGAUUCUCCUCUAAGCUCCCGUGGAAGGAAACGCUGUCGUUUAAGUUCUCUCCCGAGGAGAAGUGCCAUUCCCAGACCGUUAAAGACUUUGUUUCUAAGAGAAUGGGGGAUGGAUACGAAGAUUUCGGGAACGUUUAUCAAGAAUACGCGGAAGCAAUGAACAUUCUCUCACUAAAGAUCAUGGAGCUUCUUGGAAUGAGUCUUGGGCUCCAGAGGAGACAUUUUAGAGAGUUUUUUGAAGAUAACGAUUCGAUAUUACGGUUGAAUUACUACCCGAAGUGCAACCAACCGGAGCUUGCAUUAGGGACAGGACCGCACUGCGACCCAACAUCUCUAACCAUACUUCAUCAAGACCAAGUCGGUGGUCUUCAAGUUUUCGUGGACAACAAAUGGCAAUCCAUUUCUCCUAACCCUCAAGCAUUCGUGGUGAACAUAGGCGAUACCUUCAUGGCUUUAACGAAUGGACAAUACAAGAGUUGUUUGCAUCGGGCGGUGGUGAACAGCGAGAGAGAGAGGAAGUCAUUUGCAUUCUUCCUAAGUCCGAAUGGAGACAAAAUGGUAAAGCCACCAGAAGAACUAGUAGGAGGAAUAUUUUCUGGUGAAAGAGAGUAUCCUGAUUUUACGUGGUCUAUGUUUCUUGAGUUCACGCAGAAGCAUUAUAGAGCAGACAUGAACACUCUUGAAGAGUUCUCAAAUUGGCUUAAGAACAGAAUAAGUUUCUAAAACGAGGAGACAAUGAUAUGGCCCAGAAGUUGACUUAUAGUUAUGUAAAGAGCUUUCAUGUGGGGUUUCUUAAGGGACGAGAGAGAUAAUAUGUCCAAGAUUAGUUAAUUAAGGAGCCUUUUUUUAUUAUUCCCCCCCCCCCCCCUUAUUAAUUAUCUUGCUUUAUGUUUAUUUGGUUUAAAAUUAAAAUUAGAAAAUAAAAAAUAUGUACUCCAUUUGACAAUUAAAACACAUAAUAUAAUUA